GAACCUGUUUCCUGUUUUUGUCCUCGCAAAGGCUUCGCUGGAGGAGGUGGAGCAGCUGAAGUUGGAGUACACAAAUCUCUUGCAGGGUCAGCAGGACACGGUUCAAGCAUCUCAGAAGCACCUGGAGACCAAGCUCGAGGAGCUGGGUUGCCAGAUGCGGGAGAUGCGCUCGACAUUGGAGUCUGGACGCAUCACGUCGAAUCAGGACGACCUUGCCAAGCAGUUAGCGCAGGUUUCGGCGGUCAACGCGAAGCUCGAGACUGCUGUGGCUCGGGGCCUAGCUGCUG